AUGGCAGUACACACGGAUGUAAUGUGUAAAGGGGAAACGAGAGACACAGGUCUUAAGUGUAAUUUUGUGAACUAUGUUUCAAUCCUUUUAAAAGUAGAAUUGUCCAAUGGUUUGAUAAAUCAAGUUUGGUCUGAAGGAAAUCUAAUAUGCAAAUACUUACAGUGUACUCUUUUACAAACAGUCACCCUUGUCAGUUUGAAAAAUCGAAAAUCAACGAAAGAACAGUUUAAGCGGUGGCAGGAUCCCUGGGUAAGGGUGGAUUGCCCCACCGCUCCACCAUUUCCCCCCAAUACUACGCCCACCCUAGGAGGAGAGAGCGGGGGUCGUACAAAUACACAUACCCGGACACCCCCAUUCUCUAGAGUCGCCUCUCUCCCGGGUCUGAGGUUUCAGGCGAGAAGUGAGCCCUGCAGGGGAGGACCUCCGCCCGAAGAGGUUCAGAGGAGCAAACUGUGCGCUCCGGUGCCCGGGCGCCGGGCUCGCGGAAACGGGAGCGUGUCGCUCUGGCCCGGGAGGCGCCGGCAGCCGGAGCCGGGCGCACGGCGGUUCCCGAGCAGCAAGAGGGGAAGACACAGCGGGGCGGACGGGGUCAGUUCCAGGGACUUACCUGGUCAUGUUGGCCCCGGGCAGCCGCCGCCACCGCCUCCCGCGCCGCCACCAGCACUUUCCUCCAGCGCCUUCGCGCCCCGCCACGGCCGCGCAGCCCGCGCCGGCCCGCGCCGCCGCCUCCGGGCGGCCAAUUUAAUCCCGCGGAGCAGCGGCCGCCGCCGCGGAAGCCCCCCUGGUCGCCGCCGCCGCCCAGCCCUCGUGCGGCCAGCCCAGUCCAGAGCGAGGAAGUGGAAGAGAGUCAGCGAGAUAAAAAGAACUGCCCAAAUCCACUGUUUGAAGCAGAAAGGAAAUGAAGAUAUUUGGCUGUAGCCAGUAUGUAAUUCAGAUUGGCACCAUUGUACUGGGGCACCACUGAGAAGAAAUGUGUCCUCUGCAAGCCAGCAGCCUGUGGAAACCAGCCGCAAUGCAAUCAAUCAACAUUGAGGGCCAAAAGCUCUUGCUUCCCUUUCUCUGAUAGAACAAACAGCUCAAGACCCCUAUAAAGUAGGCUUAUAGCUCCAACAAAAACUGGAAAGUUUUUAACAAGUGGUACCACCUGUGCUUAUGUCUCAGCAUAGCCAAAAUAAUUUCCUCUCCUGGGUCUUCUACGUCAAAGGGUGAGGAUUGACAGUGAGAAUGCAAAGAGGAAGAGGUGCCAACAAGGAGCCUGUAGAGUGAGUGGAUUAUCUUUGUGCUAGCAGAGAGAUCAGCAAGUCUGUCUCCUUUACUCUGGAGCAACUGUGUGUGAUAUGAUCUCCCAUCCCCUAUCAAAAAGGCUCUGUCUUCAGAAAAACAAAAGACUUCUCUGCUCAAUGUUGUUCUCUCACAUGAUUGAGUAUUUUUUUUGUUAACAAUGUUGUAUUAUUACAAAACUGUGUAAAACUGGGAAUAUGGAGCUUGUAUGAAAAACACAAUAAAGAAAACAGCUUUGUACAAGCUCA